AACGAGCUGCUGGAUGGAGCCACACUGACUCUAAGCAACACAACAACUGGUAACAUUCAGUCGGCGGAGUCGGCCCAAGGAUACCAUGGGAAUUAAAUUUUUGGAGGUCAUCAAGCCGUUCUGUGCGGUCUUACCAGAAAUUCAGAAACCAGAAAGAAAGAUUCAGUUUCGAGAAAAAGUACUAUGGACAGCCAUCACGCUCUUCAUCUUCCUGGUGUGCUGCCAGAUUCCUCUCUUUGGCAUCAUGUCGUCGGAUUCGGCAGAUCCCUUCUACUGGAUGCGAGUCAUUCUGGCUUCCAACAGAGGUACUCUGAUGGAGCUGGGUAUCUCGCCCAUCGUCACCUCAGGCCUCAUCAUGCAGCUCCUUGCCGGCGCCAAGAUCAUUGAGGUGGGCGACACUCCCAAGGACCGCGCUCUCUUCAAUGGUGCCCAGAAAUUGUUUGGCAUGAUCAUCACCAUCGGGCAGGCCAUCGUGUACGUCAUGACUGGCAUGUAUGGGGACCCUUCAGAGAUGGGUGCUGGAAUCUGCUUACUCAUCAUCAUCCAGCUCUUCGUCGCAGGUCUGAUCGUUCUGCUGCUGGACGAGCUGCUCCAGAAAGGCUACGGCCUGGGCUCCGGCAUCUCUCUUUUCAUCGCCACCAACAUUUGCGAGACCAUCGUCUGGAAGGCUUUCAGCCCCACCACCGUCAACACCGGGCGAGGUACCGAGUUUGAGGGUGCCAUCAUCGCGCUCUUCCAUCUGUUGGCCACUCGCACGGACAAGGUGCGCGCCUUGCGAGAAGCCUUCUACCGGCAAAACCUGCCCAACCUCAUGAACCUCAUCGCCACGGUCUUUGUGUUUGCGGUGGUCAUAUACUUCCAGGGCUUCCGGGUGGACCUCCCCAUCAAGUCGGCCCGUUACCGCGGCCAAUACAACACCUACCCCAUCAAACUGUUCUACACCUCCAACAUCCCCAUCAUCCUGCAGUCGGCCUUGGUCUCCAACCUCUACGUCAUCUCCCAAAUGCUGUCGACGCGCUUCAGUGGCAACUUCCUGGUGAACCUCCUGGGAACGUGGUCUGACACGUCGACCGGCGGGCCGGCUCGAGCCUACCCGGUCGGCGGCCUGUGCUACUACCUGUCGCCUCCGGAGUCCUUCGGUUCCGUGCUGGACGACCCGGUCCACGCCGUCAUCUACAUUGUCUUCAUGCUCGGCUCCUGCGCCUUCUUCUCCAAGACCUGGAUCGAAGUCUCUGGAUCCUCUGCCAAAGAUGUGGCGAAGCAGCUGAAAGAGCAGCAGAUGGUGAUGAGAGGACACCGAGAGACCUCCAUGGUGCACGAGCUGAACAGAUACAUCCCCACCGCUGCUGCCUUUGGGGGCCUUUGUAUAGGAGGCCUCUCCGUCAUGGCCGACUUCCUGGGCGCCAUCGGCUCCGGCACGGGAAUCCUCUUGGCUGUGACCAUCAUCUACCAGUACUUUGAGAUCUUUGUGAAAGAGCAGAGCGAAGUGGGGAGCAUGGGCGCGCUGCUUUUCUAGAAAAUGCCACGUCGACCAUGUGCAGCACCUCCAUACCGUGUCACUCUUGUGCGUUCCGUCUUUUUUUUGGGGGGGGGGGGAGUUUGCACUAUCAGUUCAUUUUGCAAUCGGGGAUUAAUUAUUUGACACCUUUUGUCUCUCAGGCAUUGUCAAGAGAGCCGUUUUGUUUUCUCCCUGCUUUGAACUUGGUAUUGUCGCCAGUCCAUUUCUUUUACGCCUUUUACCAUCACGGAGGGUUUCACUGGCCCACCGACUGUUUUCAUCAGCGGAAGAAUCCCUCAAUGCGUGUGUGUGCGCGCGCGUGUGCUGUGCUGUCUUAGACUCACCUUGGGCAUUUUUUCCACAAAGAACACGAUGACAAAACAUGAAUUCCAGGCAUUAGUCAUGUCUCAAGGAAAGCCAUGUCAGUCAUUUGAUGGGGGAGUUGUGAGCGAGAUGUGACGAGUAUGAACAAAAUUGUCUUCUUUCUGUUAUCUGGGCACGUUGCUCACAUUUACCCCUUGACGUUUGUAUUCUCAAUUCACUCUGGUCCUCUCUUCUAAAGGUAGGACAAGAGUACGUUUGUCCAAACCUCUGGCUGGUAAAGUAAAGUUGAUCGUCUGAACUGUCUUGCUCUUUCAUUCCCGGACUGAAUCACUGCACAAAACUGCACGGUGGGUCAGUAAAGACGGUCGGUUUGAUAUGGAUGCAAAGCGGGGGUUCAUUUUGGUUUUUACUAUUAUGUAACAGGCAUAACUGUUAUUAAAAGUUUUUUUUUCCAACAA